AUGACACCUGUCGCAAUUAUCACUGGUGCCUGCCCCGGAAUUGGGCUUGCCAUGUCCAAGGAGCUCAUCCAUCGAGGCUACAAGGUGUUCAUGGGCGACAUCAACCCCAAAGGUGGCGAGGUAGUUGAUGCCUUGGCACUCCCUUCCGAUGCCCCUGCACCUACAUUCGUCUGCGGAAAUGUUGCUUCCUUCGAAGACCAAGCCAGGCUCUUUGAAGCUGCCUAUUCCUUCGCGCAGCACAUUGACGUCUUCCUGGCCAAUGCAGGCGUGGAUGACAGGGAAGAUCUUCUCGCCGAGCCUGCCGAUCCCACUUUCAACUCCAAGCCAACACCGUACAAUGCAGCCACUGCCGAUAUCAACCUAGGCGCUGUUUUUCAGGGCUUCAAGCUCAUGGUGCACUAUAGUCGCCGUGCCCAAUACGAUGCAAAGGCCGCAGGCUCCGCCCCUCCCCCACUUGGCCGCAUGGUUGUCACUUCAUCGACAUUCGGGCUGUACCCAUUUCCCACGAAUCCAGUCUAUGCCGCCACCAAACACGCCACAAAAGGAUUUGUCCAGAGCCUUGGCCGCCGCGCUGAGCAGGAAGCAAACUUCACGCUGAACGCCAUCCUGCCGGCUUUUGUGCCAACGGGUUUAGCCCCCGAGGGGCUGGUGGCACAGAUCCGAGACAGAGGCUACAUAACGUCCAUGGAGACUGUUGUGAAGGCGCUGGAUUUGUUCCUGGGCGAGACCGCGGAGCUGCCGGAUCACGUUCAGAGAAUCGAGCUUCCUGGUGCUGCAGCGGGCGAUGGGCCUCUUACCGGAGAAUGUGCGGAAGUAAGCAUGACUGAAAUUUACUUGCGCGGUUCUGUUCCAUUUGCGAAUGACAGCCAACGAUGGUUUUCGGAGGAUCCAGAUGGCCUUUGUGUGGCCCCGCUUGUUGUAUACGACGAUUGGCCGUCAGCUCUCCAGCCAUAUAAAGACAUAUACCAUGAGGUGGUGCCACAACUUUCUUCUUCUACUCCGCUUCUUGAUGAUGAUACUCUCAUGGCCCGUCGUGAGUCCUUUCGGUCUCGCAUGCGUGAGCUUUUGAAAGAGCGGAUAGAUUUGCUCGAGGUGGGACGGCUGUUGAACGAGGCCGAAGCCGGCAACUGGACUAGCCUCCGCCGUGAGCAGCUGAAUGGUGUUUAUUGUGCCAUUUCUGUUUUAAGACAUGCGUACAGAUGGGCAACCAUCCCCGUCGUAAAAGUCGCACAAGCCGAAACCGUGAUAGACUUUCCCGUCGAACUUGAUAGUGCUUGGGCCCCGCUUCAACGACAUUUUGGCUGCACCGCAGAAAGCGGAAACAAUACGGCAAAUGUAUUGUAUAAUUUCACCCCUGAUGGCAACCGGAUGUUUAAGAUCAACAUUGGCCAGUCAGAUGAAAUUGUAUCGUCCGAAGAGGCAUUCUUCCGCAUGUUCUAUGACAUUGAAGCCUUGGCGCGUGUUGUCUAUAUUGACAUGGUUGAGGCAAUUGUCGCAUUUGAGGAGAACCGAAAAGCAGACUCUCUGCGACGCCUCCAACAACUCAAACCCAAGUUGGACAAAAUCUACCAAGUAUUCUAUGACGGCCUGGUUGAUGCCAAGGUAUCCCGGAAAGUUUGGCUGAGCUACUGCCAAGGCUUUCAGGGUUGGGGUGUUGGCCGGGUUAUCGAUGGCCGCCAUGUCAAGUACGACGGUCUAUCGGGAAACCAUGUUCUCAUCUUUCAAGCAAUCGAUGCUUUCUUUGGCAUGGAACGCUACCUUAUCGACGAGAACAUGAUCCGCUACAUCCCUGUCCGCCAGCGCGAGUUUACGAGCGUCUUGAGACGGCACUCUAUCCGCGCCCAGAUUGAAAAAGGGGAAGAUGAAGAGAUUCGGGCGGAGAUAGGCAAGCUUGUGCAGGCCAUGAAACUCUUCCGCGCGGCACACAGGACGCGAGUAAUCCCGUACCUGAAGCAGCCAGCACCAGAGAGACGAAUCAUGACGGCGGGCAAAUCCGUUUUGGAGAACGAGCACACAAACGGACUCGAAGACGCCUUGGCCCCGCUGAACAAGAUGAUGACGACUAGACUGCAGGAGACUGUCUAG